AAUAUCAUCCUACGUGACAAUGUUGCUGGGUAGAUCACACCAAAACAACAGCACUCACAUCAACUUGGACUGGAACUCAGACAGACACGAUAUCGGCAGAAAUUCUAUAAAUUGCAAGCAUUUCCGCUGCAAGUUCUUAUUUGCCCUUUUGAAAAAAACACAAUGGCAACUGACUGCGAGACAUGGUUGAACGCAAACCCCGUGGAGGCUGAUGACCUGAGUGACUCCUUCCUGUCCGGCGAGGAGAACGGUGAAAACAGGACGGCCUCCAAAGGCACCAAAAACAACGAAAAAAUCAACGAGAUCAACGGCAACUUGGCUCCGACCUCCAGCCUCCACGAGGCUCGUCUGAAGGCCAAGGCCAAGCGGAGGCUGAGGAAGACCUCUUCUAGGGACUCGGGCCGUGGCGACUCCUUCAGCGACAACGGGGACCCUUCCCGGGGGUCGGCCGCGCCCCCCACCAGCCCCAAAAGCAAGCUGUUGGACAGGAAGUCUCGUCUUGGCAAGGGCAGAGGUUUGCCCAAGAAAGGUGGGGCGGGCGGCAAAGGUGUGUGGGGCCCACCUGGAGAAGUGUACGACCUGGAGGAGGUGGACGUGAAAGACCCCAACUACGACGAAGCGCAGGAGAGCUGCGUUUACGAGGCUCUGGUUCCUCCCCUGGAGGAGGGUGACUUUGAGAAGACGCUCACUCCCAUCGUGCAGGAGUACUUUGAGCAUGGAGACACCAACGAAGUAGCGGAGCUGCUGGGUGAGCUGAACCUGGGCCCCAUGCGGAGCGGGGUGCCCAUGCUGGCUGUGUCCCUGGCCCUGGAGGCCAAGGCCAGCCACCGGGAGCUGACCUCCAGGCUGUUGGCCGACCUGUGCGGCCCGGUGCUCACCCGGGGGGACGUGGAGGAGUCCUUCGACAAGCUGCUACGGGAGCUGCCCGACCUGGUGCUGGACACCCCGGGAGCCCCGCAGCUGGUUGGCCAAUUCAUUGCCAGAGCCGUCAUGGACCGGAUCCUGUCCAAAAGUUACAUUGAGGGAUACAAAGGCAAAGUCGACUGUGAACACGCAAGGGCGGCCCUGGACCGAGCUGUGGUGCUACUGAGGAUGAGCAUGGGGGGUCUCCGUAUAGACAACCUGUGGGGCGCAGGCGGGGGCCAGAGACCUGUCACACAGCUCAUCAAAGAGAUGGUCCUACUUCUGAAGGAGUACCUGCUGUCAAGAGACUCCCAGGAGGCAGAGAGGUGUCUGAGAGAGCUAGAAGUGCCUCACUUCCACCACGAGUUUGUCUACGAGGCUAUAGUGAUGGUCCUGGAAUCCAAAGGAGAGAGAACCUUCAAAAUGGUUCUGCAGCUGCUGAAGUUCCUGUGGGUGUCCACAGUCAUCACAGCAGACCAAAUGAGAAGGGGCUAUGAAAGAGUUUACAUGGACAUUGCUGAAAUCAACAUUGAUGUUCCUCGUGCAUAUUUCAUAUUGGAGCAAUUUGUGGAUAAUAGUUUCAGCGCUGGACUGAUCAGUGAAAGACUUAGAGAUAUCUGUCCCAGUCGAGGGCGAAAGAGAUUUGUGAGCGAGGGAGACGGUGGUCGUUUUAAACUUGAAAGCUACUGAGGAGCCCAUUUUGUGCCAGAAGUUCUGAGUACUGAAGAUACUUUUUAUUCAAUAUUUUGUCAUAAUGGUUGGGUAGAACAACAAAAAAAGAUUUCCUUUUACCUGUCAAAAGAAUGUAUAUUUCUGAAAAUGUAAAAAAGGUGGUAGGAUCUUAAAUAUGGCACUUUGUAAAAAGAAACAAAAAGAAAUGGACGACACUCCUCCUGUAAGGAGGUGAUUGACUAUAUAAGCUAACACAGAAAGUGCCACCAAGCCUAUCAGCUAUGACUCAUUCCAUGUUUAGUAUUACUUCAGGUUUUUCUUUUCACUGCCACUCCCUCUUUCGUGCAAAAAAAAAGAAGGAAAAAAAAGCAGUGUUUGUACUGGAAUUACUUGUCUUGUGUAUUGUAAUUAUGUAAUUAUGAAAAAAGGGUUCAAAGUUGGUUUAAAGCAAUACCUCCCCUUUUAUUCUUUUUGUCAUGCUCCCCUUUAUGAAAAAUAUAUCACAAAGAUGUCAUUUACCGAAGGCAACUAUGUAACCAAGACGAUCGUACAAUGCAAAGAAAACCAGUUGGGAUCAUUUCACAAAAUGGUGUCCAGAGUGAUAUAUUUUUAUAUGUGGGGAACACUGGUGUGUGAAAUGUACCAAGUCUUGCUCCUUAUUUGUUCAAUAAAUUGCUAUAAAAAUACAAAUAAUUUGUGAUUAGUAAAAUCUAAUGAAAUAUGUAACUGACAAAUACAACUGAAAGAUUGUGUGUGUGUGUGUGUUGUAGUUGUAUUAAGAAUUUUUGGGGGGAAGAAAUUGGGUUAUACACUUUAAUUUAAAACAAACAACUAAAAAAGAUGAUAAUGGAAAAGUUGCAAUGUAACAUUCAACAUUUCUUCCCAAGAGGUGCGAGGAAAGCAUAAACAGAAUGUAGUUUGAUCUUAAAGGUCUGCUGUUGAAACGCUAUGUGAAACUGAAGCCAACAAGCCACUAUGCAGCAACUACAGGCCCACUUCUGUAUAAGAUAAAAUAUCACAAACAAUCCUAUACACAAAAUACUUCCUCAGGAAGAACUUCAAACCACUAACGACAAUCACACUCCAUAAAUACACCUAGCCAUUUAACUGUGUCCAGCUGUUAGCAGAAAAACAAGCCAAUGUGAUA